CAAGCCCAGCUGCUAGCAGCUAUAGGCUAUUCCAAGAAGGCCAGUUGUACAGUCUUUCGGAAAUUUGCUGUGUCGAUUAUGUGUAGUUUGUACCCAGGGCAAGAUGAUCGCCAACGGCUCGCUGACUUCAUGAAGCAUUCUGUCAGGGUACAGAAGGAAGUGUACGAAGUCAGCGACCAAACCAAUAACGCGGCAAAAGUCCAUGACCUCAUGGCCAAUGUUUUGAACAAUAGUAUCCAAGAGGAACCGGGAGAAGGCAUUGAAAUACAAGAGAUGCCGGAGGAUGAACCCGAAGGGUUGAUCCUGGAAGAUGAUGUUGACCAGCCUCCAACCAGCAUCCAUGAUGAUGAUGAAGAAAGUGAAGAGGAUUCCCUCUUCAUUCCUCCUGCCCCAGAUUCACCAAACCAUGACAGCCCACAACCAAGGAAGCGGCAGCCAGAAAGGUUAUCUGUGUUCACCCCUCCUGCCCCUAGUCCUCCCAACCCUGACAGCUCAUCAAGGCAACGGAAGCCCAAAUCGUUCAGUGAUGUUAUUCAUCAAAAUCAGCUGGACAAUUUGGACUUCAUUGCCAAAUUAAAGUUGCCAAAUCCACCAACACAUGAGCCAAGGAGUUUGAGAAAAAGAAAGAAAAAGAUUCCCAAAUAUGAGGAAGACUCUGAAUGGGAAAAGAGUGAAGAGGAAGAAGUAGAAGAAGAAGAAGAAGAAAGAGAACAGGAAAACUUCCCAAACAAGAAGAGAAAAUCAGCUAAGGCCUUUAGGUGUGAUGAAUGCCACAAGACCUGGGAAUCAGCUUGGCUGCUGAAGAGGCAUAAAGCUGUACACCAGGAUAAUGCCCUCUUCACAUGCCAAAGAUGUAUGGCACAGUACAAGCAUCUUGAUAGCUUGAAAAGACACAAGAAAACUGCCAAGCAUUAA